AUGGCCUCGGUUCCGGACAGCGGCUGCUCCAUGGAGCUGAGCGACUGGAACAGCAGUGUGAGCAGCGGCGGAGCCUCCGUCCCCUGCAACCAGAGCGUCCUGAAGCUCCCUUAUUCCCCUGAAGCUACGGCGGCCUUCGCCACUGCCAUAACUUUGAUGGUGCUCUUCACCAUAGUGGGCAACAUCAUGGUCAUCAUCGCUGUCCUGACCAGCCGGUCACUCCGAGGUCCGCAGAAUCUGUUCUUAGUGUCACUUGCUGCUGCAGACAUUUUAGUGGCCACACUCAUCAUCCCCUUUUCUCUUGCCAAUGAACUACUCGGCUACUGGUACUUCAAGUCUCUGUGGUGUGAGAUCUACCUGGCGCUGGAUGUGCUGUUCUGCACCUCCUCCAUUGUGCACCUGUGCGCCAUUUCACUGGACCGCUACCUGUCCAUCUCCAGGGUUACUUAUGGUCGACAGCGAACUCCCAGACGCAUCAAAGCUGCUAUUGUGGUGGUGUGGCUCAUCUCUGCCAUCAUCUCCUUCCCUCCUCUGCUGUCCCUGAACAAAAGCGAGGGAGGGGAGUUGGGGACUGAUAGGGGACCUCAGUGCCAACUGAAUGAUGAGCGCUGGUACAUCCUUUACUCCACCAUUGGCUCCUUCUUCGCCCCAUGCCUCAUUAUGAUCCUGGUCUACGUAAGAAUCUACCAAAUAGCCAAGCAGAGGACACGGUGCCCGCCUGGAGAACCCAGGAAGGAUGGGGUCGGCUGUGCCACACCAAGUCAGCCUCCACGACAUGUACAAGCCAAUGGAAAGGAAGAUGAAGAGAGUACACCACCUUCAUCCAACAAAACCUCCAAUGCCAGACCCCCAACCCUUGCCAUCACCCCUUCUCCGUCAUCAGGAGAGAAUCAAACCACCCAGAAUCCAACCUCUAAUAAUCUUCUGCAACCUCCAUCCCCUUCUCCAGCCAUGACCCCUGUCACAGCAUCCCUUGAUAACUCUCCCCAUGGCCCCUCAACUCCCUCCUCUGUGUCUCAGUCUGCCCCUGCCAAGACUAAAGGGGCAGGGAAGAAGGGUAAACGGCAGGGAGGGAAAAAAGCUGACAAUAACAAUGGUGACAGCUCAAGCACAGAUAGUGAUAUGGAGCACAGCCACGGAGGAGGCCGAGGCAGCACCAGCAUGCCAGGGUCACCUGCAGGAGGGGGUAUCCAUUCCCCAGCCUCAGUCAAGCGCUACCGGGACAUGAUCGCCACUUCUAAGGGGGCUCGGCUGGUGCCAGGGAGAAAGUCAAAAACAGAGAACAACCCCGGGGCAGCGAGGCGUAAAGCGAUGGUCAACAGAGAGAAACGUUUCACCUUUGUUUUGGCAGUGGUUAUUGGUGUUUUUGUGGUCUGCUGGUUCCCGUUCUUCUUCUCCUACUCUCUACAGGCAGUGUGCCCAGAUACCUGCACCAUCCCUGAUCCCCUCUUUACGUUUUUCUUCUGGAUCGGUUACUGCAACUCCUCACUGAACCCAGUCAUAUACACCAUCUUCAACAAAGACUUUAGAAAGGCUUUCAAAAAGAUUCUGUGCAGAACCACUAAGGGUACUUUCUUUUAG